AUGACGAGGGAGGAAGAUAGAGAAGCGUGGCGGUGGGGAGGGCAGGGUGUAGAACUGCUUCAGGAAGAGCAGUCAGGGGCGGUCGAGAAGGAGGAUGAGGAUGAGGAUGAGGACGAGGAUGAGGAUGAGGAGGUGGAGAUGGAGAUGGUAGAGGAGGAGAUGGAAAAGGUGGAGGAUGAGGUGGAGGAGAGAAGUGGGGGAGAUGGUGCACUCGGUUUUUUCUCUGCUGGGGGAGGCAAUGGGCGCGAGGCAAGGGUGCGUUGGAUUCGGUUACUUGGUCUCACCCCUUGGACCACCUCCACCGGCGGUUCUAGCGGCAGCAGCAACAGCGGCGACGGUGGCGGCGGGGCAGCGGUGGCGGAGGCGGCGGCGGCAGCGGCGGCGGCGGCAGUCUUCUUAAAUAUAGUUAAACCAGACAGACCGUUACGAAACAACAAUAACUAA